AUGAGGACAACAACAUUAUCAUCCUUAUUGGUCUGUUACCUUGGCAUUGGCCAUGUCUGGGCUGAUAAUACUCAACAUGGACCACCUGAUGACAUUUGGAUGCCAAACCCUUCCUCGCAACAUCUCCAGGCUUCCAGCAACGAUGGCAGCGAGGGACCUGCUACCCGUAGCAACGAAUGGCUCGCAUCUCCUGGUAAUAUUCCCACACCACCAAAGACUCCUUGGUUCAAAUAUAUCAAAAAGAAGGGAAGAGUCACUGUCGAUGUCAACAACGAAAACAAUAUACCGCCGCCAGAGCCUGUUGUUUCGGAAGCUCCAAAUAAUGGCACAGAUGUUGUGGAGCUCACCCCAAACAAUGCCAACAACAACAAUCUCUCGCGCUCUCUCUCACGGCAGAUCCAUUUGCUAUGA